AUGGAAGGAAACCUUUUUCAAGGUAAAAUACCAUCUUCUUUCAAAUCUUUAAGAAGUCUCGCACUUCUAGAUCUUUCAAACAAUAAUAUAUCAGGGAGUGUUCCAAGUUUUUUUCAGAGGUUUCGUCUAAUUCAAUUCCUCAAUCUGUCGAACAACAAGCUUCAAGGUGAAGUGACUAAAGAAGGUGUGUUCUCCAAUGUUAGUGCUUUCUCAGUAGUUGGGAAUUUGGGGCUUUGUGGAGAUAACCAAUACCCCAGGGUUUCAUACCAUGAUCUGUUACUAGCUACAAAUCAGUUUUCCCCAAACAAUUUGCUCGGCAAAGGAAGAUAUGGUUCGGUUUACAAAGGAGUUCUCCAAUCAACACCACAGACCGUUGCUGUAAAGGUACUAAAUGUUGAAGUACGUGGAGCCAACAAAAGUUUUAUUGCAGAGUGUGAGACUUUGAGAAAUAUUCGUCACCGGAAUCUCAUCAAGAUCAUUACAGCAUGCUCUAGCACGGACUUUAAAGGCAAUGACUUUAAGGCAUUGGUUUUUGAGUUUAUGAUGAAUGGGAGUCUGGACAGUUGGUUACAUCCAAGUCCUUUUUAUCAAACAAAUGAAAGAAACUUGACUCUUCUCCAGAGACUUAAUAUUUGCAUUGAUGUUGCACUUGGAGUGGAUUACCUGCAUCAUCACAGCUACACAAGUAUUAUUCACAGUGACAUAAAGCCGAGCAAUAUUCUUCUUGAUGAAGAAUUUGUUGCUCGUGUAGGUGAUUUUGGUUUGGCGAGGUUCUCCUUUGCUACUACAAGUGACCCCAAUCAAGCACAACCGAGUUCAACCGGAGUCCACGGAACAGUUGGAUAUAUUCCGCCAGAAUAUGGAAUGGGCUUGGAGAUCUCUGCCGAGGGAGAUGUAUAUAGCUACGGAAUUCUCUUACUAGAAAUGUUUUCGGGAAAACGACCUACAUCUAGCAGCAUAUUGGUGGCCAAUAGCAAUAAUCUUCACGAAUAUGUGAGGAAUGCACUCCCACAAAGAGUGAUGAACAUUGUUGACCCGAGGAUCAUAAUGGAUCAAGAAGAUCACAAUUUGACAUCAAAUCAGUCAUACAACAAAGCUACCUUGGAGGUUUGCCUGACAUCAAUAUUUGAAGUGGGGAUACUAUGUUCAGCAGAAAUGCCCAGAGAGCGCAUUGACAUCAGCGUUGCUAUUAAGCAGCUACACGUGGCACGAGACAAAUUACUGGAGCGCAGGCAGUAACCUAUGUGAGUGUGCAAGUAUGUAUUAAUGGCUUCUACUAAUCACUUGUAUAAAUAAAUAACUUAAUAUUUAAAAAAUUGUAAUUCAUUUAGUCGGUAAGCUCUUUCUUUUGUAUAAAUGUGUUGAUCACUUUUUAUGCAAUUUAAAUAGUUUCAAAGUCAAAUAGUUUUUGAUUUUUAGUCGAAGACAAUACAAACAUAUUUAUGUUGCUUCAAUGCA